CUCCAUGUGACGUAGACCUUAAAAAAAAAGUGAUCUGCGCCAUGACGUGUCUCCAGGGUUUCCGGCCAUGGCGGCUGUUUGUGGUCCGUGUGCGCCGUGUACCGGCCAGAGUCCGGCCGACAGAGUACACCCACCGAGCCGGACUGAGAUCUGGACUCUACGGGAUCAUUCACGCUCCAAAAACCGCCGAACAAAGAGCACAGAGAACACCGGAGCGUCCGUCUACCGCCCGGGCUGCACGCUUGCCUCUCUGACCAAAUAUGGGCUUACCGCCUGCCAUAUUUGGGAAUAUACGUCACGCAGGAGUCUUUAUAAAGCCGGGAAUCCUCAUUGAAGGAACUUGACAGAGCUCAAGUUCAAGUUGUCACCGUCCACACGUGAAAACACCAACCGGAAACAAACAUCUGAUGUUGUUUACUUUCCCUGAUGACUUCUGUCACAAAGAUCCUAAAGUAAUAAUUUAAAAACUUCUGAACCGGGACGCCGGACCUGAAGACCCUCCAGCAUUGGCUUCCCCCGAGCAUCACCGCCCCAAACAGCCGCAGCAGCAGCAGCCUCUGCCCGGCCAGACCGCCUCUCCUCCUCGGCGUACAGGAGCGGAGAACCCGGUCCCCGUGCAGGAGCAGCCCGGUACUCAGGAGCUCCAGGAGCGGCUGAGCUUCACACCCGCGACAGCCUCUCGCUCUUCUUCCUCUAAAGAGAUGGCAGCGACCAAAGCGGAGCUUCUCCUGCCCACCCUGCAGAUCUCCGACCCUCUGACUUGCUUCCAGCAGCCUCUCUCCCCGCUGGACGGAUACUCGAAGCUGGAGGAACUGCAGAUGCUGCUGCAGAACGCCGCGGCCGGAGGCUCACUGCUGGCCGCGUCCGCAGCGGAAGGAGCCGGGCUGCUGAGCGGAGAGCCCAUGGAGUACGGAGACUCUCUGUCGGAUAUUCCGGACCUUCAGAGUCUCCCCCCUCUCACCCCCCGCCUCACCCCUCUGGCCUACAGCGGCCGCUUCACCUUCGAGCCGUCAAACUCUGUGUCCAGCAGUGGUGGCCUGUGGGCGGAGCCUCUCCUCAGCCUGUUUACUGGGUUGGUCAGCAUGGCGGCUCCCCCCGCUGCAACCUGCAGCAUCUCCUCUACUUCCUCGUCAGUGACAUCAUCAGUGACAUCAUCAUCACUGUCCCAGCCGAACCUCAGCUCCAUCCAGAUCAGCUGUGGCGGCGGUGACGUCGCAUCAGUCUUCUCUGCAACGCAGACAUAUACCACUGCCACUGGCUCCAGCCUCCCCCUGCCCUCCUCUGACUCCCAGGCCUUUCAACCACAGGGUCCCCCUCCAGCCUACCCCAACUCCAACUCCAGGCUCGGCCUCCAGCCGCCCUCCAUGGUGGUGCCGAUGCUCCCAGACUACCUGCUGUCACAGCAGCCACAGGAUGGCGAGCUUGGGCUGAGUCAGGAUCAGAAGCCUGUGCUGGCACAGAGCCUGAACCUGCCAUCAUCACAGCCUCCACUUACGCCGCUCUCCACCAUUAAAGCCUUCUCCACACAGAUCCAGCCUCAAGGUUCCGCCUCUGGUCCCACCUUCCAGGCCCAGUUCACUAAAUCCAACCGAAUGAGGAAGUCAGCCACAGGCCGGCAGUGCAAGACGCCGCCACACGAGCGUCCGUACGCCUGCCCCGCUGAAGGCUGUGAACGCCGCUUCUCCCGCUCAGAUGAGCUGACGCGUCACGUGCGCGUGCACACAGGCCAGAAGCCGUUCCAGUGCCGCAUCUGCAUGCGAAGCUUCAGCCGCAGCGACCACCUGACCACGCACAUCCGCACGCACACUGGCGAGAAGCCGUUCGCCUGCACCGAGUGCGGACGCAAGUUCGCCCGCAGCGAUGAGCGCAAGAGGCACUCGAAGAUCCACCAGAGGCAGCAGGAGCGCAAGACUGACAGGAACUCCUCCCUGUCUGCUCCCAUCUCCAUCGGCAAGCCCCCUGCCUACCCCUCUCCUCCCACCUCCUCCCCCUGCUCCUCGUACUCCUCUCCUGCACAGGGUUCGUCCUCCCCCGCUGCCUCGCUCUUUCCCACCUCCUCCUUCUCCUCCCUGAGUAUGCAGGCCGCCUCCCCCUGCUUCACCUCCUCUUCCUCACUGUCACAUGUCUACACCUCCUCUCCCUCCCCCCACCUCUACGCCUCCUCCUGCUCCUCUCCGAUGGGGAGUCCUCAGUCAGAGCUUCCCUCACCCCACAGCUCCAACAUCUGCUGACAGAGAGGAAGUCCAAGGUCCCAGUGGCGACCUCUGACCUCAGACUGAAACUCUGCCUUUCACGUGAACUCACAUAUCAGACCCCGUCCACAACAAACUGUCAGGAGGAGUGAAACACCUCGCUGAACCAACAUCUAAAACAGUUUACAGACUCUGCUUCUGGUUCAUUUUGAGCCUUUUCGACCACCGUAGCUGACAACGUCUGUUGAGCUGAGUUAAAAAAUGAUGUGCUGGACAUGAGCUUUAACCAUCAGCACCAAACUUUAUAGGGAAAACAGCUGAAUUUAAGAGCCUUCCAAUCCACUGAUUGAAAGUGAGAUUCCUGUGUGUGUAAAUUUGAGUAUUUUUGUAAGUAGAAUGUGUGUACAUAAUGUUUACAUGUAUUGUGUACAUGGACAUGUACAUAGUUUUUACCUACUGAGUAGGUUCUGGGACUUUUGUAUGUUUACAUGCAGGUCAGUGUUUGAUUUUAUACUGAACAUGUUCCCUCUUUAAAGCAAAGAGUUACAAGAAUAAAAAGUCAAAGUCCUGUCAGUA